UUAGAGCAGGUUAGUAAGGGGGCCAUCGACGUAAACCGUCGACGCGUCGUCUGAGAAGAGAGAACCGAGAGCCUCUGCGAUUGAGCUGCUGCCUGAGGCAAUGGCGGGGUCUGGGAGUUCCAUGCUUUACUCAUUUCUUCUGUUCAUUGUCAUUCUUUCACUUCAAGAGAUGUAUAGAGGAAAGUUGGCUUCAUCGGAAUUGUUUACCAUACUUGGAGGAUUCACCAGUUCUCUUCUAUUUCUAGUUCUUCUAACGUUCAUAGGAAACUUCCAGGAAGCAAGUGGCGUGCGAACUGGAUGGGGAGCUGUCAUUGUAGCAGAAGCAGUUGCAUUGAUUGCUGCAAGCACUGUUCAUAGAGUUUGCAUCACAACAUGUUUCUUGUUCUCCGGUGGACUGCUGUAUGAGUUGAACAAGCUUUCAGGGGUGGCGCUUUCUAAAAUCGAAUGUAGAGGCAAAAGGCACUGAGAUGGAAACUAAGCUCUUCAGACAGGAACUACGUUUUUGAGAUUUUAUAUUUCACUCCCUCUAGCUACUGCAGGAUCACUGCACCCUAUGGUGCUGAGUAGUUUGUUUCUGUUUUUGAUUUGGGGGAGAGGCCGGCAAUGGGAACAGUAAUUACAUUUAUCAUUAUCAUAAUAUUAACGGUGGUGUUAAGUUGACUUUACUGCCUUCAAACUAUAUUUUCUUUCUUUGGUAUGGAAUGUUUCCUGAUUAGAGGUCCUGUCGCUUAGUUAGGAACUGCCCCCUAAAUAAUAGUCGCUUGCUGUUUACCUUCAUCUCUAAAA